AUGGAUUCCAUACACAAUAAACGAAAUCGAGCUAUGCAACAACAUAAUGAACUUUUAUUUAUUCAGCAACAUUUACUCAAUCGUCUUGAAUCUUUACGUGAUCAAUCACGUUAUGAUGAAAACGAUAAUAAAUUACUGUCAUUACCUAUCAAACAAAUUCAAGAUACUAAAAUUGUUACACGUCGUAUUCGUGAAAAACAAGAUCGACUAAAAAGCGUUAAAUUAAUUAAUAAAACAUUGAAUCUUUGUAAACAACAUUUACAAUGUGACUUAGAUUUACUUCGAAAAGAAUUACCAAAUGUACACAAAGAUAUUGGACACAAAUUUCAUCAAAGAAUGCUUCUUAAGAAAGAAUUUACGGAUAUUGUUGAUGAAAAUAAACGACGUUUAAAUGUUUAUCAACAGUUAUUAGAUCAUACUGAAGCUCAAAGCCGACAACGACGUGCUAUACAUGAACAAGCGAUGGCCUCCGUCAGUGAACAAUUGGAAGAUCAAUAUCAAGUACAAAUGAUGGCUCUAAAUGAGAUGACCACUUCAUUUGAAACACGAAAAUUUAAUAAUGACACUGAUCCACUAAAAAAUUUACAACAAAAAAAUUUAACUAUGAUGAAUAGUGAUGAAAUAGUUCAAGUUCGUUGUAUGUAUGAUCAAUUUUAUAAUAUUAUUAUGGCUGGAUUUCCAAUUGAUAUUGCUAAUUCUAAACAAUUAAAAACAGUGACCAAUGAAGUAUCUGCUAAAAUUGUUGCUAUGUUAACAAUGACAAAUCGAAUGAUGGAAGAAAAAGAACAACUUAAUCAACAAAUUAAUCGAAUGAAUAAACUUUUAAAAUUAAUAGAAAUGUCUAUAAAUCUUAAAAAUCAUACUCGUCAUAAAAUUUUAAAUACAAUGAUUGAACAACGACAAAACUUAGAAUCAUUCUAUAUAAAUGAUACAGUUGAAGAUCAAAAUCGUAUUUUACGUCAAAUUAAUGAUUUUCUUUUAGUCUUAUCCAAAGUUCUUUGUGAACAUAUUGGUACACAGUUCACUAUCGAACCACCAAUUGAUUUUAUUGAACGUCUUCAAUAUGUAUUUGAUUUAGUAUCAAAAACUGUAAAAACUAUUACAACAGAAUCAAUUGAUGACAAUGAUCAUCAAAUAUCUCCUAUUAUUCGACAUAAUGAUGGUGAAGAAAAUACACAACAAAAUUCUGGUAAGGAUUUAUAA